CAGCGCGGCCUGGUGACGCCAGCUCCCACCAGUCACCCAAUGGGAGAGUUCACUGGUGCACUUAAAAAAAAGUGUGAGGAGUCGGAAAAAUGAGAAAAGCGGAGGCAGCGGAGUGUGAGGCCUGGAGGAGACACACCACUGAUGUUUGUUCCUCAUUUCACUGAAGAUCACUGCACAUCUCACCCUGUUUCUCCCGGAGCAUGAUUUUCAAUGAAGACAAGAACAGGAUGCUGUGAUUUUCCUGGUUGAAUUUACUCACUGCAACUUUUACUCUCCAUUAACAAACACUGGGAGCUGUGAGUCAUGGGAAGCUUCAAGGGCCACGCUCUCCCUGGGAGCUUCUUCCUUGUUGCUGGGCUCUGGUGGACAGCAAAGUACUCGCUCUGGCACGCCACCCGCAGGAACAAGAACGUAGGUUCCACCCGAUUUGCCAGCAGAGCCUCGCAGCGCCGCCUGGAGAUCAUUGAAAGCUCUGUCAUAGUCUUCUUCUCUUUUUUUGGGAUGCUGGCAGAGCAGUUUUUUGCAGGUGGACCAAAGCUCCAGUUGUACGACUUUGCAGAGAAACACUGGGAACAUCUGAUGAACUGGCAGCAUGCAACCAUGUACCUCUUCUUUGGCCUGGCUGGGAUAGUGACUUUGAUUAUCCACACCACAGAGGCUUUCCCACUGACUCUGGACAGGUUAAUGCUGGCCAUCGCUUUCUUUAAUGAAGGAUUUCUUUUUUUCUACCACCUCCAUGGGAGAAGUAUGCUGGAUGUCCAUGUUCAUCAGCUGCUGCUCUAUGCCAUCUUUGGAGAGGCUCUUGUUGCUUUCCUGGAGGUCUUCCACCGAGGCAACAUCAUUCUGGAGCUGGUGCGGUGCAGCCUCACUGUCCUGCAGGGCACCUGGUUCUGGCAGAUUGGCUUUGUGCUGUACCCUCCCAGUGGCUCUGAGUGGGACAUGAAGGAUCACAACAACAUGAUGUUCAUCACCAUGUGUUACUCGUGGCACCUCGCCUUCGCCAUGCUCAUUGUGGGUUUGCUGUACUGCACCGUCAGCUGUGGGGUUCGCUCCAGAUUGAAGAGGACUCCUCCCAUGGAAAUGGGGCUCCUGAAGCCAAGAGAGAGGGACCCAGAGUCAGAGGAUGAGAUUUUAUGAAGAGGACUGUUGUUCAACUUCACUGUGAUUUGUGUCACAGUUGAAUCAGGGAUAUAAUGUUUGCAGCAAUACAGCUAGAAGCAAGGCAUUCAAACAAGAAAGGGACGAGGACAUGUGCUUUACUUAAGAAAUAUAUCCUACCUCUGCCUUAUUUAAUCAACUGUUCUUACUAUUAUUGUUCAUCAAUGUUUUUUUAGCCAUGGCCUAUAGAAUACAAUAUAUCUUUAUCGUCCAUAUCUUUAUUGUUGGUGGAAUUUGUCUUUGAAAAAUGUCAUGUCAGUUUAUGUGGCUAAAUGUCAUUGGUCACUAUUGAUACUGUUGGCACUUGGGAUGAAUGACUUCUUAAAUACAUUUUUGGUUGCUACAAUGACUCUAUAGCGCCUCCCGGAGCUCAAACUGGCUGAACAGAGGAUGGGAGCUAUCUGCUUUACUUUGCAUAUAUUCUGCCAUAUUCUUUUUUAUUAUUAGUUUUCACAAGUUUUAUCAAUUGCAUGCUUUUCAUUUGACUAGCCAAACGUUUCUUGUCAGAAAUGUUGGUGUUCAGUAGUGCCACCUUGUGGUGAAAACAGUGAUAACCAUCAGUAUCAGUACCCAUCAGUACAGCAUACAUUACUUGAAAGUGUUUGUGUUUCAUUAAGAUAAUAAAUUGAGUCACAUGUGAGUUAAACCCAAAGCCAAACAAUAAAUUAUUUAUGUUUAAUUUUUGCUGUUUGAGAUGAAUACAGACUAAAUUAUUAUUGCUGUUGUUGUAAAUGUCUUUAUUUGUUUAUUCAGUGUGGAUAAAUGUUGAACAGUGUCUUUGUGUAUGGACUUUCUGCUUGUCAGUGGAAGCUAACACAGUGUUCUUAUCAUACAGGUCCUACCAUUUGAAUAGUUAUCAUUGAGUUAUUUACAGAAAUCGUGUUUUUUUUUCUUCCAGUCGUGACACCUCAAAACAUAAACCAAAUAAACCAAAUGAUCACCCAUGAAUCACAUAAUCAUCCCAGCUGAAGGUAGCCAUUUUAUCGCACUGGCUCCUCCUGCCCAUUCCAACAGCACAACACAUUCUGCAUCACUGGCAGCAGGCGUCUACAAAGAUCUUAUAUGUGGAAGAAGACUUAUCGCUGAAAAAAAGGUGGCCCAUGCCAGAUGGCACUGGAAUGGACAGUGAUGUAUACAUUUCUGCAAAUGUCAAUUGUGAAAUAAUUUUGUAUUGGCACUGCAACUAAUCACUGAUGUUGUUUAAGCUUCUGGUUAUUAUCCUGUAACUCCAAUGUUUUAUCAAUAAGAUAUUAUGAAAUACACAUUUAUCAUUGCAGAAA